CGCCCAAUUCAGUAUGCCAGAAAGCAGAAACAUUCCACGUGAUGAUGGAAUUACUCCCUCCCUAACCGCACGCACAGAGCCAGCAUUGGAUCUGUAGCGCUCGCAGUGGUGCUCACUCAUGUACCGCACCGCAGUGAGACAUUUUACCUUUUGCUAUAGCCUUUUUCACAACGGAGAACAUGUGCAUUUUCCAUGGAAACAUGCGUUUUUGACACUUUUACUAACUUUUGUAAAUCUUCAGUUGGACUCCUUUACCUUGAGAGAAAUAUGCCGGAGCGUAUCAACAUUUCGGAGUUUGUUGCUCUGACAAACGAGGACUUGGCUUCACCGGCUACCUCGAGUUUUCAGUCCAAAAUGAGUGAAUGUCGGAACACCGUUUCGGCAGUCGAAGAGUCCUUAGAGAUGGACCAGAGCACCUUACAGAGGAUGAAGAAGAUGAUCAAGGCCAUCCACAGCUCUGGACUAAGUCAUGUGGAGAACAAGGAGCAGUACAUCGAGGUGCUGGAGAACCUGGGGAACAGUCACCUGACCCAGGACAACAACGAGGUGUCCACAGGAUUCCUCAACAUGGCCGUCUUCACCAGGGAGGUCACCUCUCUCUUCAAGAAUCUGGUCCAGAAUCUGAACAAUAUAAUAUCCUUUCCCUUGGAGAAUGUCUUGAAGAGUGAGCUUAGAGACAGCAGACUGGAGUUGAAGAAACAGUUGGAGAAGAGCUGGAAGGACUAUGACAUCAAAGUUGGGAAGCUGGAGAAGGAGAGGAGGGAGAAGAGCCGUCAGCCAGGCCUGAUCAGGAUGGAGGGAUCCGACGUGACGGAGGACAUGGAACGAGAGAGGAGGACCUUCCAGCUGCAGAUGUGUGAGUAUCUACUGAAGAUCCAGGAGCUGAGGGUACGUCAGGGUCCAGACCUGCUCCAGAGUCUCAUCAAGUACUUCCAGGCCCAGCUCAAUUUUUUCCAGGACGGCUUGAAAGCUGCCGAGAACCUUAGUCCCUUUGUGGAGAAGCUGGCUACAUCGGUGCACAUGGUGCGUCAGGACCAGGAUGAAGAGGUGAGACAGCUCUCUCAGCUACGAGACUCCCUAAGACUGCUGCUACAGAUGGAGGGGAAAGAGGAGUACCUGACCAGAAAGAACUCUGGUAACGGCUACAGCAUCCACCAGCCUCAAGGCAACAAGAAGUACGGUACGGAGAAGUCAGGGUUCCUACAGAAGAGGAGUGACGGGAUUAGGAAGGUGUGGCAGAAGAGGAAGUGUGGUGUCAAGUACGGCUGUCUGACCAUCUCUCACAGCACGAUCAACCGACCACCGGCGAAGCUCAACCUCCUGACCUGUCAGGUGCGCCCCAACCCCGAUGAGAGGAGGACCUUUGACCUGGUCACACAUAAUCGGACGUACCAUUUCCAAGCCGAGGACGAGCAGGAAUGCAUGAUUUGGGUGUCGGUGCUGCAGAACAGUAAGGAGGAAGCCCUGAACACAGUGUUGGGAGGGGACCAGCCGCAGUUCCAGGACUCCGGGCUGCAGGAGCUGGCCAGGGCAGUCAUCACCGAGCUCAGACACAUGCCCGGCAACGAGGCCUGCGCCGACUGUGGAGCCCACGACCCCACGUGGCUCUCCACUAACCUGGGCAUCCUGACGUGUAUAGAGUGUUCUGGGAUCCACAGGGAGUUGGGAGUCCACUACUCCAGGAUCCAGUCCCUCACACUGGACAUGCUCAGCACCUCCGAACUACUACUGGCAGUCAGUAUAGGCAACACCCGCUUCAAUGACAUCAUGGAGGCCAAUCUUCCCAAUGAUUCCAUCAAACCCCUCCCCCAGAGUGACAUGAAUGCCAGGAAGGAGUAUAUCGUGGCCAAGUACGUGGACCGGCGCUACGUGCUGCACAGGGACCGGGAGGACGGUGAGCCGUGGCGUGUGUACGAUGCCGUGAGGAGCCGGGACCUGACCGCUCUGCUGCACCUGUACGCCCAGGGAGAGGACCUGGCCAAGCCGCUAGCACUGCCUGAGGGACAGCAUCUGAGAGAGACAGCUCUUCACUUGGCUGUGAGACUGGAGGAGAGGAGCUCUCUAUCCCUGGUGGACUUCCUCAUACAGAACAGUGUAUGUCUGGAGAAGAGGACUCUAGAGGGGAACACUGCUCUACAUUACAGCGCCCAGCACCACAAAACUGAGUGCCUCAAACUGCUGCUCAAAGGAAAGGCUGUCCUCCACACAGUGAACUCAUCCGGAGAGACGGCUCUGGACAUCGCCAGGAGACUGCAGCACUCCCAGUGUGUGGAACUGCUAGAGCUGGCCCAGAGUGGGAAGUUCAACAGUCAGAUCCAUGUGGACUACAUGUGGGAGACACAGAGCCAGGACCUGUACGACAGCGAAGAUGACCUGGAUGAGAGGGUGAACCCCUUACACAGGAACCUACGCUCCCCUCUGCCCUCCAAAGCCUCGCCCUCCCGCUGGAGCUUCGCCAACGCCCCCGUGGCGUGUAAGACCUAUGAAAACGUGGACUUCCUUUACCGUAACCCCCCCAAUAGUGCUCCAUCUGGCAUCCUCAUGCCCCCGCCCCCUCUGCCCGCUAAAGCCAUCAUGAGAGGUCGCUCGGACCCCCAGAUCUCCUUGUCCACCAAGGAGGGGGUAAGCAGCAGGUGCAGCUGCUCCAACCCAACCCCCCAGUCCAGCCCCCCCUCCCCCAUGCUGGAGGGUCAGGGGGGACGACCACCCAAAUCACCCCACGGCCAGGGCAUCCUGGUGAGGGGGCAGAGACAGACCGCAGCCUGGGAGGGUCAGGCCAAUACUGGGUCAGGGUCCUCAGACAGAGACAGCACCAAGUCUAACAGUAGUUCCAGCUCCCCUCAGAACCAUAUAGGACCUGUCAGCUCAGAGAAAACAACAUCGUACAGGCGGACCAGCAGCGGAGGACAAGGGAAGUGUUCUGCAGCCGUGACCUCGGCCGUGACCUCGGCUGUGACCUCACCCAGCUGUGUGGCGCUGGGCAGCCAGGAGGAGCUGUACUGCAGCGUGGUACCUACUGGUCCCGCUCCCAGCGCCACACCUGCGGCCAAAUCCACCUCCUCUCCGAUCACUGUGCGCCCUCGCAGAAACGCUAUGGUGUCUCAGAGGAGGCCUACCCAGAAGAGGGUCAAGGCCCUGGUGGACUGCAGAGCUGUCAGCUCGGACCAGCUGGCAUUCUUCAAGGAUGAGGUCAUCAUAGUCACAGCCACCGAGGACCCCCACUGGUGGGUCGGCCACAUCGAGGGCUAUCCAUCCAGAAGUGGGACAUUCCCUGUGAACUAUGUCCAUAAACUGGGGACUGACUAGUCAUAUACCGGACGCCCUAUCCCCUACCCUAGCUCCUAGCCUAUCCCCUAGCCUCUACCCUAGCCUCUAC